AUGAAUAUAGAACCUUUAUCAACCUCCUACAGUCUUCAGGUGAAGGUGACUCCUUCUACCUGGGGAGAGAAGACCCUGACCUGUAGCUCCACCUGUCCUCUGACUGGUAACCCCUCCUACAUCUGGUACAAGAACGGACAACAUGUAAAACAGGCUUCAUCCCAACAGCUCUCUGUCUCCAGUAACUUUCAGGACAAAUACUCCUGUGCUGUAGAAGGCCAUGAGGAUCUCCGCUCUCCUGCAGUGUGUGUUUAUGGUCAGUACUGCAGCAUAGUGACUUACUCCACCAGGAGACUGUGUGUCUUGAAGGGCUCAUCAGUGGACAUCUCCUGCACCUAUUACAGUUAUUACACCGUCACCUCCAGCUUCUGGUUCAGUCCUGGAAGGAGAGAUGGAUGGAGGGACAGAUCUGGACCUGAGGACCUAGCUGGAGACCCAGAGUAUGCAGGUCGUGUGCAGUCCUCUGGAACAGAGAGGAAGUCCUCCACCCUGACGAUCACACACCUGAGAGAGAGAGACUCAGGAGAGUAUCGCUUCACAUUCAAGACACGAGAUCCACUAUAUGACUGGGGGGACAGUUUCUCUGGAACCACUCUGACUGUCACAGGUCUUCAGGUGAAGGUGACUCCUUCUACCUGGGGAGAGAAGACCCUGACCUGUAGCUCCACCUGUCCUCUGACUGGUAACCCCUCCUACAUCUGGUACAAGAACGGACAGCAUGUACAACAGGCUUCAUCCCAACAGCUCUCUGUCUCCAGUAACUCUCAGGACAGAUACUCCUGUGCUGUAGAAGGCCAUGAGGAUCUCCGCUCUCCUGCAGUGUACAAGCCAAGGAAUAUAUCAGUGUCAGUCAGCCCCUCUGGUGAAGUAGUGGAGGGCAGUUCAGUGACUCUGACCUGCAGCAGUGAUGCUAACCCACCAGUGCAGACAUACACCUGGUACCAGGAGAACAUCACCUCAUCUAAAUCAUCUGGACAGAGCUACACCAUCACUAACAUCAGCUCUGAGGACAGUGGAGGAUACUACUGUCAGGCUGGGAAUACAGUAGGAGCUACAAACUCCUCCUUUUUAAUGAUCACUGUGAUCGUUAGGACAGGGUCUCCCCAAACGACUAACACCCCCCUGAGUGCACCCAGGGUCUCCCCAAACAAGGUGCACCAAUAUGUCAUCCAG